CAUCGGAGAAACGAAACGCCUUAUGGUGCGUGCACUGUUAUGUGCAUUCACUGAACUGUAGCGGAGCAGCUGAAUUAGACUGAUGGACAUUUCCUUACAAUAUUAAGCAACGGUGAUACUAUUUCAUUUGAGAUUUAAUUCACUGCCACAAGUACGUAUCAUUUCUUUGCCAUGGAGCCGGAGGAGAAAAAUCCAGAGUCUAAAUAUGGUGAGGCAAGGAAAUUUGACCCCACAUUUAAAGGCCCAAUUUAUAACAGCUUUUCUCGUUGAACAGGGGCUGCACAGAUAUUCUCUGUUGUAUCUUGUUCAUCUUAGCCUUGCUGGGAUACUUUGCAAUUGGAAUUCUGGCAUGGUCUCAGGGUGACCCCCGUAAGGUGAUUUACCCGACAGACAGUAAGGGUCAGUUUUGUGGGCAGGUUGGCACCCCUCUUGAGAAAAAGCCUCUGCUGUUCUACUUCAACAUCAUGAAGUGUGCCAGUCCUCUAGUCCUGCUAGAGUUUCAGUGCCCCACCACUCAGAUUUGUGUGGAGAGCUGUCCCAAUAAAUUCAUGACUUUAGUGAAGGCUUUAAGAAACAAAGAUGAUAUGGAAUACUACAAGCAAUUCUGCAAAGAGGGAUUUGACCAUACCAAGAAAGCUCCUGAAAUCCUGAGGGAUGGUUUGUGUCCUUCAAUAAUCACACCUAGCAAGCCUUUCACACGGAGAUGCUUGCCUGCUCUAGAGACCUUGAAAGGUGGUGUUGUUGUGAUUGGCAAUAAAACUACAUUUAUGGAUGAGCUAGGAGAAAAUAUAAAUGCUACAGAUCUGCUUGAAGCCUCAAAAAAAUCCAAUGUAGUGGUUGAGGCCCGGGCUGUAGCCAUGAGGAUCUUUGAAGACUAUACUCAGUCCUGGCACUGGAUACUUCUUGGUUUGGUGAUUGCCAUGCUGGUCAGUCUGAUCUUUAUUCUUCUCUUGCGUUGUUUGGCUGGAGUCAUGAUCUGGGUUAUGAUCAUCAUGGUCAUCCUUGUCAUUGGAUAUGGUAUUUUCCAUUGUUAUAUGCAGUAUGCCAGUCUGAAAGGACAGGCUGGUUCUGAUGUCACUAUCAAGGAUUUGGGUCUACAGACAGACUUUUCUGUAUACUUUCAGAUUCAGCAGACCUGGCUUGCUUUCAUGAUCAUUCUGUGUAUCGUGGAAGUGGUGAUCAUUCUCCUCCUCAUCUUCCUCAGGAAGAGGCUCUUUAUUGCCAUUGCACUCAUCAAAGAGGCCAGCAGAGCCAUCGGUCAUGUGAUGUCAUCAUUGUUUUACCCCUUGCUGACCUUUGCCCUACUGUCUCUGGUAAUCGCAUACUGGGCCAUCACCGCAGUAUUUUUGUCAACUUCCAAUGAGCCAGUGUACAAGGUUUUUAAUACUACAGAGUGUGAAUAUUCCAGAGACACCUGCAACCCUGAGACUUUCAACAGCUCAAAUAUCACCACUGAAUGCGCUGAUGCUGAGUGUCUGUUUGCAUUCUAUGGAGGAGAGACGUUAUACCACAAGUACCUGAUUCUGUUCCAGUUCUAUAAUUUAUUCCUUUUCUUCUGGUGUGCCAACUUCGUGACAGCACUGGGGCAGGCCACACUGGCAGGGGCUUUUGCAUCUUAUUACUGGGCAUUCAAAAAGCCUGAUGACAUCCCUGCGUACCCUGUUUUCAACUCUUUGGGACGGGCCCUCAGGUAUCACACUGGCUCUCUGGCGUUUGGGUCACUUAUUCUCGCCAUCGUCCAGGUUAUCAGGGUCAUACUGGAAUAUCUGGAUCAGAAGUUGAAAGGUGCCCAGAAUAAGUUUGCAAAAUUCCUGCUCAGCUGUUUAAAGUGUUGCUUCUGGUGCUUAGAGAAAUUCAUCAAGUUCCUCAACAGAAAUGCCUAUAUCAUGGUGGCAAUAUAUGGCAAAAAUUUCUGUACGUCUGCCAGAGAUGCAUUCUUUCUCCUGAUGAGGAACAUUGUCCGUGUGGCAGUCCUUGACAAGGUUACAGACUUCCUCUUAUUUUUGGGCAAACUUCUCAUCGUUGGAAUUGUGGGAAUUUGUUCCUUCUUCUUUUUCACUGGCAAGAUUAAGAUAGUGGAGGAAGUUGCUCCAUCCCUUAACUAUUACUGGGUGCCUAUAUUGACGGUGGUGUUUGGCGCCUAUCUAAUUGCCCACGGCUUCUUCAGUGUAUACGCCAUGUGUGUGGACACACUCUUCCUCUGUUUCUGCGAGGACCUGGAAAGAAAUGACGGCUCUUCUGACAAGCCAUUUUUCAUGUCCCCUGAGCUGCACAAGAUUUUGUCUAUGGAAAAAAGCACAGAGGAACCAGACCUUGCAGAGACGCCUGUCAUACAGGUACAAGCUGAGGAGGAAGUCCCAUUGCAGGAGAACGGAGAGGUACAGCUUAAACAGCAGGUCAUUCUAAAGCAGGACCAAGAAGAAGAGAUACCACUAAAUCAGGAGACCCACAGUGAAGAACCACCCCAAGAAACACAACCUCCAGAUGCACCUGCAGCCGCAGAGGAGAAACCUGAAGAACUGGUUACAACACAAACACAAGAGCCCGAGAUGCCACAAGUGGUCCCACAUCAAAAUGGACCACAGGAAGUAGAUGCUGACGACAAGGAGGAGCAGGUGGCUCAACCACAAGCAGAAUCACCACCACAGGUGGAGAACCUACCAGAACAAGAACCAGAGGAACCAAAGCCUCAAGAAAAUGGACCUCAAGAGAGUGAUACUCUGCUGACCCCUCAGGAGUAGCUGUACAAAGAUCAGUGAAGUUGUUAAAUGUUUCAGAGAAGCCAGUUGAUUUCAGUAUGUUGGGAACUGUUGCACUUUGGUGGCUUUGGUAAGCCAUUAGUAUACAUUGGAAAGGACCUCCUGUCAUUUGAGUCGUAAUGUUUACUCAAACAAUAAGAUGAGAUUUUGAGAACUGUCUUGCUCUUAAUAACUAAAUAAUUGCUCGUCAUAAUGGAUGGCAUGACACUAAAAUAGGACAGAAACUGUCGUGUACUCACAGUGGGUCUCGUUAACUAGUCAUUUCGUAGUCUUUGUGCGUUGAAAAGGUUUUCAUGCAAACCAGUUCGAAGAAAGCAAUCCACUACAAAUCACAAAUUACUUCUCUGAAAUUGUAAUUAGAUUACUUUGUGAUUACCUCAUUGAAAGGUAAUCAUAUUACUAAUUACUUUACUUUCAAGUUACUUUCUACAACACCUUUCUGCUCAACAAAUUCAAAAUGUCUAUAUUUCAUCCUUGUUCAUUGUUGCACACAAGUCAUACACUCAGCACCACAUGUUUCUCCUUUAAGCCCAAAGUAUACUUCGGUUUUGACAUGAACGCUCAGCAUCUGCGCACAGUUGAACACGAGCCUGUCAAAGUAUACUUAAUUUUACUGUGUGAAUACACAGAUGGUUGGCGCAUGCACGCUACAACUGCUGUGAGAUACUGGACUAUUUCUCCUCAGGAGUUUAGACGCAUGAAGAUGUCUUUAUAUUCUUUGGACUCGAGUUACACAAAUGCAGGUAUCUCCUGACCACUUUAUGUGCACAUUCACUGUUGUUGUUUCAACCUUCCUCUCAGUGAAGUUGUUAAUAUUUCAGAGAAUCCAGUUAAUUUCAGUAUGUUGGAAACUGUUGCACUUUGGUGGCUUUGGUAAGCCAUUAGUAUACAUUGGAAAGAACCUCUCGUCAUUUGAGUCGUAAUGUUUACUCAAAUAAUAAGAUGAGAUUUUGAGAACUGUCUUGCUCUUAAUAACUAAAUAAUUGCUCGUCAUAACAUUACGGUCAUGAAGAAGUGCUAGAAGAUGUAACAGGUGAUUACAUCUUCUUCUAGUGCUUCUUCAUGACCGUAAUGGCUCAAAUGUGAGUGUUGCCACCUUGUGGACCCAGUAAUUAGUGCAAAUAAUUCAGGCGCAUGCACAUGCACAUGCUAUGCGUUCAAAGACCUGCGGUUAGAAAAAUCGAGCUAUGUGUGUUCAGUGCUGGAGCACUCUGCUGAUGACGAAAUUUACGUCACACAUCCUGUAUGCAGAUGCUCAGUGUUCGCGUCUGACCGAAGCAUACAUUGGGCUUUACAAUGACUUGUUGGGGGCAUACACCCUUCAAAUGUCACAGAAAUGCUAAUUGAUAUGUAUAUGAACAUAAUUCAUGUUUUAAAUGUAUUUACAUAAAUAAUAUUAUUUUAGAAAUACGAAUGUGUUACCCUAGUAAUGUACUUAAAAGUAACUAAAUUAAUUGAAAGUCAGUAAAUGUAAUCUGAUUGCAAGAAUUUAAAAUGUAAUUAUUACACUACUUUUUUUUUGCCUAAAAUUAAUAAACUUACAGUAACUAAUUAAUUUGUAAUCGGAUUAUACCAACACUGUUCAGAACAGGUGCGUACGCACAUUUGUUACUCACAUUUUAACCUAGAUGAAUCUGGAUUAUUCUAAAUGCGGAAGCGUGUUUAUAAUUACCAUAAUACACACCCAAACCAUAUCCAUAUUAGAGCUUUCCACACAACCUUUCCUGUGCAGCCAUUCAUCAUUCUCUGCAAACGUACCCUUAUGCUCUCUAAAGAUGCACUCUCGACUUAAAGCAAGAUUUUUGACUAAAGCCAAGUGUGCAAUUUUUAUACGUAACUGAGACACAAUACUCAUCUUUUAUAUAGGCCUACACUACACAUGUUUGGCUGCAUUUCUAUGCAGAACUUAUCCAGAUCAAACCAUAACACAUAAUUUUUUUGUUACUCUGAAAUAAGUUUGACUUUUUGUAGGGUCACUUUGUUACUCAAUUUAUAACAAAUAAUUAAAUGUUAGCCUACAUUGUAAUAUAUAUAGUAUUAAUAUAUAUAGUCAAAAACGGCUAACCAUAUUCCAUGUGUCUAAGGCCACCAGAAGUCUGUUUUUUUUUAUUUUUUUUAUUAGUAUUAUUAUUUAUGUGGUUUCAGUUAAAAAAAAUAAAAUUAUACAAAUUUCGCAAAACUUAUUGAACCAUGAUUUCGGUUUUCAAACAAUAAUGCGUGUAUGCAUGAUUAGUGAAUGAGACCCAGUAUGAGUUGCUUGUAUGGAUGAAAAUUUGUUAUGUGGACCUAAACCCCAUUAGAUAUGCCUACAUAGCACUUGUAUAAUGUGACUGUGUUUUAUGUUGAAACUUUUGAUAUAAGGAUGUGUAAAAGUGUAAUGUAGGUGCUCGACUUGUGCCUAAUUAUUGUUAUUUAUCAAUGUCUUAAUCAUAUUGAAGAAUGCAAAAAGAUUUCGCAGUAUCGCUGUUUACAUCAACUACCGAAAAAAAAAAAAACCUGUUUACAGUCAUACUAGCCAAGACCAAACCAUUUUAUUUUGUAAUAAUUUGUGCAAAUAUAUCUGAGAAUUGUGUUACCUGAUGUGAUAAUUUUAUAGUGGAGAUUAAAAAAACAAAAAAAACAACAAAAAAAACAAGUGGCACCAAAAGUAAGUUGGCUUAAAAAGAAACAAUCAAAGCAACAAUACUUAUAUAUUUGGUUUGCUAUAACUGGUUAUUGUAUUGACAGAUUGCAACCUUUUCAAGGCCUGAUAUUUGUCGCUAUUUGCCUCUCUAUUGCCUCCUUUUCUACCUCUAUGCUUCACUUUACUCAAUCUUCGCAUGUUGUAAAUGUGAUCUCCCAGUGCUUUAAUAAAUUUUACUCACUUUGUUGCUA